AUGAUGCUGAGGAGAAGUCUGCUCACUUUCAAACCCUUCAGGCUCUUUGUACUGGGCACUGGCGUCUUCAGCUUGUUCUUCCUAAUGACGUCUCUAGGGGGCGAGCUCUCUGGCAAGCGACUGUCCGAUUCCCCUUUCACCGUCCAGGCAGAGGACACGGCGGGGCAGGAGUCUCGAGAAGGUCUGAAGAAGAUCUCGGACAUGAUGGAGGUCAUUCUGAAGAGGCUGGACUUUCUCACCAGGCUUAGUAACACCAGCGACACCUCCCACAAGCUGGACCAACUCAGUUCGGCUCUAGACAGGAUCCAGCCGAUAGAGCCCAUGGUGGACCAUAUCCGGGCCAUAGCUCAGAACAUGUCAGACACAGCGGUGAAGGUGGAGAAGAUCCUCCAGCAGCGCACCGUGGUCAGCAGCAAAGGUAGAAGAGGGAGAAAGGAUCAGUGUGAGAUUCCCAAAGACCCUCUCUUCCCCGACUGCUCCUCCAAAAUGGAUUGGAUGCGCUCUCGCUGGACGUCUGACCCGUGCUAUGCCUUCUACGGGGUGGAUGGAUCAGACUGCUCCUUCCUCGUAUACCUGAGUGAGGUGGAGUGGUUCUGCCCGCCGCUGCCUGGGAGGAACGGGAGCAUCCUGCCCACCCCGGAGCCCCGGCCCAAAGAAAAGGCUGAGUUCCAGUUUGACGUGGGACCUCUUCUGGAGCAGGUGGGCACCAAGAAGGAAUCUCAGAACUUCAUGAAGAGGAGAAUGCGCAUGCUGGCUGCACAGUGGGCUUCAGCUGCUCGACGACUCCAUGAGAAACUCCGCCAACAGUGGAGAGAACGAAAGAGGAUCCUGGUGCACGUGGGCUUUCUGACAGAGGAGUCGGGGGACGUUUUCAGCCCCAAGGUGCUCAAAGGGGGUCCUCUGGGUGAGAUGGUGCAAUGGGCAGACAUCCUGGCCACUCUGCACGUGCUUGGGCACGACAUCAAGAUCUCUGUGUCCCUCAAAGAAAUGCAGGAAUCUUUAGGUGCACCGCCCGGCCGUGGAAGCUGCCCCGUGAGUGGACCUCUGCCCUUUGACCUCAUCUACACAGACUACCACGGGCUCCGGCAGAUGAAGAAGCACAUGAGCCUCACACUCAAGAAGCACAAGUGUAACAUCCGGGUGAUUGACACUUUUGGGACAGAGCCCGCCUACAACCAUGAAGAGUACGCCACCCAGCACGGAUACAGGACAAACUGGGGCUACUGGAACCUCAACGCACGCCAGUAUAUGACUAUGUUUCCCCAUACUCCUGAUAACUCCUUCAUGGGCUUCGUGGUGGAGGAGGUGAAUGAGACGGAGCGGCUCUCUAUUCAGAAGAACAAGGUGCACAACAUGGCCGUGGUGUAUGGGAAAGAUGCCAGCAUGUGGAAGCUGGAAGGCAAAGAUAAGUUCCUGGAGGUGUUACACCACCACAUGGAGAUCCACGGCACCGUGUACUACGACUCACAGCGCCCCCCGCAGGUGCCCGCCUUCGUCAAGAAUCACGGUCUGCUGCCUCAGCACGAACUGCAGCAGCUCCUCAGGAAAGCCAAGCUUUUUAUAGGAUUUGGCUUCCCGUACGAAGGCCCCGCUCCACUGGAGGCUAUAGCCAACGGAUGCAUCUUCCUCCAGCCCAUGUUCAAUCCCCCACACAGCUCCUUCAACCACGACUUCUUCAAAGGAAAGCCCACCUCCAGGAAGGUGACUUCGCAGCAUCCUUACGCAGAGCAGUACAUCGGCAGACCGCACGUCAUCACCAUCGACUUUGGGAACUGGACCACCUUCAACGAAACCAUCCGCGAAAUCAUGGAGCUCGAUGUGGAGCCGUUCGUACCACAUGAGUAUACUUGUGAGGGGAUGCUGGAGAGAGUGCACGCUUAUAUUCACAACCAGGACUUCUGUUCACCUCAAAAGCCCUUGGACUCUCCCAGCUCUUGGCCCGGAGACCCCCCCAGCCCCUUUCGUCUGAUGCCCAACUCCAGCGCUCUGUCUUGGGCGCUGGCUGGCUCCGCUACACCCUCCUCCUGGCCCCCUCUCUCAGCUCUCAGGGUCCUGGCAUCGCCCCUGAACCAGUCCUGUGUGAAGACAUGCCAGCAGGCCGGCCUCGUCUGUGAACCGGCCCUCUACCACUACAUCAACAUAAAGGAGACGUUCCACUCGUUGAAUUUCCAGUGCGUGGGCGUUGAGAAAGAGAAGAACCACCUCCUGCCGGCUUUCUUAGUGGAGCAUAAAGAAUGUUACCUCCAGCAGGACCCUCUUCUGUUCAGCUGUUCAGGCUCCAGCCCACAGCACCUGCGCCUCUGCCCGUGCAGGGACUAUCUCCGGGGCCAGGUGGCGCUGUGCAAAGACUGCCUAUGA